AUGUCGACAUCGAGUGUUUCGUCGUUAGUCUUUGCCACCAAGCAACUAACUAUCUAUGGUGGUAUAUCUAUUGUGAUUACUGGCGUCAUUGGUGGAUGUCUUAAUAUCAUUGUAUUUCUUAGUCUUCGAACGUUUCGUCAAAAUUCUUGUUCAUUGUAUUUAACCAUUAUGUCGAUAGUGAAUAUUUGCGAUUUACUUGCUGAUUUAUUGCCACGAAUUCUACUUGCUAUAUACAAUACUGAUGGAACAGAAACGUCAUUAUUCUAUUGUAAAUUUCGGUUGUAUCUCCUGAGUAUUUGCACUUCGCUUUCAUUGACAUGUUUCUGUUUAGCAACAAUGGAUCAAUAUUGUGCUACGAGCAGUCGACAACGUUUACAACAAUUGUGCAACAUUAAACUUGCUCGACGUUUAAUUGGCGUAUUCGCUUGCGUUUGGAUGAUUCAUAGCAUUCCAUAUCUAAUAUAUUUAAAGCAUAUUUUAUCACCUAUUACACACAAGAUGAGUUGUUCGAUGACAGAUCCGAUUUUUCUGCAAUAUCGUAUCUAUGUCAUCGUUCUCACUCUGUUUGGUGUGUUGCCACUUACUAUUACUAUUUCAUGCGGUUUGUUAGCAUAUUACAACACGCGACAGAUACCUCAUUAUACAAUACCACUUGUUCGAAGAGAAUUAGACAAACAACUGACAAGUAUGGUCCUAUCGCAAGUUUUCGUGAAUGUUUUUACUAUCAUGCCGUAUACAAUUAUUAAUGUGAUUUCAUUAAACAUGAAAACGAUUGAGGAUCCACUUCUUUAUGCACAAACACAAUUACGUUCUACGUCGACUCAACUUCUCUACUAUGUCUAUUACGCUAGUUCAUUCUACAUAUAUAUGUGUGUAUCGGAGAGAUUUCGUCGACAAUUGACCUAUGUUAUAUUUCGAAUUCAUCGAAAUCGAUCCAGGCGUACGGCACAAAUAAUUAUCAAUCAAGUCAUGCCGCAAUCGUAG